GACGGAGGAGGGUUGCUGUGAUUUUUUAAAUUCUCUUUAAAACUAAAAAUAAAUAUUUGAGCAGCCAAAAAGGUAACAUUUAACUUCAUCCAUUAGAGCCCGUAUGUCAUUCUUUGCUCUCCUUUUGAUUCUGCUGCAUUCCUGCAGUCAGUGUGAGGCUUCCAAAGGUGUCGAUUUAGAAGAUCUGGCCUCCAACAACACAUGGGCGAUCGCCUACAGUUCAAGCUGUAGCACCACCUGCGGGCUGGGUAUACGCACCCAGAGGCUCUGCCCUUUGGCGACCGAUAACAGAGCAAACUCCCCAGAAUGCAGAGUUCGUCAAGUCCUGUGUCUGGACAAUUGGCAGUGUGGGUUACAGACUCAAACAGCCAGUACAGGACAGUAUCUGGAGUUGGACUGUCUCGAGGAAGUCAUGGAAGCAAUGGGCCGCUUUGCCUUUGUGGUGUCCUGGCACUUUGCACGAGGGAUCAUUACCACCGAUAACCGAUUCUUCAUCCGGCGUGAGGUCCCAGACCUGGACAGGGUCAUCCUGAAUCCGGUGAGAGAGGAUGAUGCCGGGACGUAUCGAUGUGAUGUCCUGGACACUUCUUACCACAAGGUGAAGAGAAUGUACAAAGGACUGAAGGUUUUAUCUGUGAAUGUUUUGAGCUUGAACUUCGCUAAGGGUUUGAGAGAGUGGGAGAAAAUCAGCAAGAUGAAUGUGACCAUUGUCACUGGGAAACUGUAUCCAAGCAGCACUGUGGGAAAUGUGGUGCUUUACAGUCUGUCCAUAUCAAUCACUGUAGCUUUGAUUGUCUUCCUUGGUCUGUUUGCUUUUUCUUACUGGAAAAGGUCAACAAGGAAGAACCCAAUUUUCCUAUGAGUGUUAAAGAAACACCAGAUAAGUCACUGUUUUCUCCAAUGCACACGAAGUGGAGUAUCAUUUUCUUCCACAAUUUCUUUUACAUUCCCCAUGUAAUUAAAGUGUGUGGAAUUUAGUUCUGUUAAAUUGCUCGACACGGUGUCGUUUAUAUGCAUUUGCUCCUAAUUCCAAUAAAGACGGCUCGAUACAGGAAUCCGAGACGCUGUACAGCGCCGUCUGAGAAAUCAAUAAAUAAUGUUGGCUGCAGAGUAGCACUGUAACAGCAGCAUGCAACAUUAACUGCUUCA